AUGUACGAUUCCUCGGAAGGAAAGUUCAAUAUCAUUGACGAGUUCGCUAAGGACCACACCUACUCCGAAGUAGAAAGUAUCACUCCAGAGGAAAGUAACGGGGAUCAAAAGCCUCUUCGUAUCUCCUCGAGAUCCAUAAACUGCCCGCAACUUCCAAAAGCCAUCAUUUCAUCACGAUUUCGUAUAGUUCCGCUAGAAAGCAAAUACGAACGUGGUCGAUGGAACUGCUUUGACUACUACGACAAAAGCACAUCUAAGAUUGCAGAAGAGAAAGUCUCUGAAGUCGCUCUUCUUUACCAGACUUCUAAACAUUGUCAGUUAGCGCACUCGCUAAAUAGAACUUGCUCAGAGCAGCAAGGAACAGCACAUGCCAUCCGCUCUUCACUGGAUUUCGAGUCGAGUGAAAGUGAUUUGGAAAAUAAUGACGUCUUUGCUAGGUUCAAUGCAAAUGCGGCUUUUGCAGAUGCCACUCGAGUCAUCCUUUUCUUCAUGGGAACCAACGGUUUCCUUCAGGGUCUUCUACCAAACAGUCCGCCAGCGAGUGAACGACGUUGA